AUGGCGGAGCCGUGCUGGGUUUUCCAGCGAACAGUCGACUUCUCCCUCCCCUCCUUCAGUGGCGCCAUUGUGACUCCUGUCUCCAUUCUUCCUUCGUCCGGCUGCACUGGUUGCUUCUUCAGUUCAUCCCGUCGGUGCUGCAGGAGAAACCAAAAAGAGAUUGAAGAUAAUGUUGGCAGUAUUGAGGGGGAGAAAAAAGACCAGUCCUCAAGCAAUCAGAAGGAUGACAUUUCCAUUGAGAAAAACAAGGAUUGUUGUGAUGAUAAGCCUUCUUCAGAGGUAGAACAACAUGGACAUCUCUACUUUCAGUUUUGUGAUACAUGCUCUCCAUAUUGGAGAAUUCCAUUCAUAGAAAAGAUUGCUGAAUUUGUAGAAGUGCAUCCUGGGCUCUUCACAUUCAAAACUACUGACUUGUCUCCUGCAAGUUGGAUUUCAGUUGCUUGGUACCCUAUUUAUCAAAUUCCAACAAAGGGACAUCACAGGGAUCGUCUGUCAACUUGCUUCCUUACCUAUCAUGCUCUCUCAGCAUCUAUUCCAGGCGGAGCUGUGAAUCCGGACAAGGAUGGGAAUAAGAAAGGGAAGAAAGAUAUGGAAAUGGUGAAAGGAGGAGAAGGAAACAAUAAUAUUAAAAAGAGUGGGGGUGUUCUUUAUCCAUUUGGGAUGGCUACAUAUAGAUUGGAUGAUGAGAUUUGGAUAAAUGCAAAUACGUUUGAUGACUAUGAGAGAAUCAUUGAUCUCUACAAUGACGCAAAGUGUUGGUUGAAGCGACUCAAAUUUUGGCAUCAUGACUUCAACUUCUUUACUUCACAAUUCAGCGUCCAAGGACUGUCCAUCUAA